UGAAAAAAAUAGGAAGGGAAAGGUGGAGAGUAAAAGCAGUGGAGAAGGACAAAUGGGAAUGGUGACGCAAGGAGGAGGACUAGGAGGAGGGAAGGUAGGGACCAUUAUUAUCAGAGAUUAGUGGGGAGGAAGGAUGUAAAAGACUCGCACAGAUGUCAAACUGAAGAAAAACUCGCUCCCGCCAUCACCGUGUUUCGUGUUUCAAUUGUUGAAAAACCAACUACGCACAAUCACAAAAAUAAUAAUUAUAAAAUAGUACCAAACAGAAACUCUGUGUGAGUUUCAAAAUAUUCAUACAUAAAUAAAUAGAAUCGACGAAAACCCACAUAACCCCACAUGAUAGUUAUGCAUAUAGACCUCCAUUGAAGGAUCAUAAGAAGAAAGAAAGAAAGAAAAGGGUGGCGGUCAUAUUCAGAUAAUAACCAUAAUAGAUGAAAGGCAGAGUUAAGAGCCCCAAGACCAAGUUUGGGAAACCAAUUGUUUUCUUCCUUUGUUUGCUCUUCUUCUUGGCUGGUUUCUACAUCUCCACCAUUUUCUCUCAGUCGCAGGAUGCGCCAAGUUUGCCACACGGUUCGAGAAUUCUGGAAUCGGUCGAAGUAGACAGCCAAGCCAUGCCGCACGGAGAGACUGGAGAUAGUUAUAUCCAAUCGAUUCCAUUUCAGGUUUUAAGCUGGAAACCACGAGCUCUUUACUUCCCCCGAUUUGCAACACCAGCACAAUGCGAAGGCAUAAUUGAGAUGGCUAAGUCUAAUCUUAAGCCAUCUACCUUGGCUUUGCGGAAGGGAGAAACUGAUGAGAGCACAAAGGGGACCCGAACAAGUUCAGGCACAUUUAUUAGUGCAUCAGAAGACGAUGCAGGAAUUUUGGACGCUAUUGAGCAAAAGAUUUCUAAAGUUACAAUGAUACCAAGAACCCAUGGAGAGGCAUUCAACGUUUUGCGGUAUGAGAUUGGCCAGAAGUACGACUCUCAUUAUGAUGCAUUCAACCCUGCAGAAUAUGGCCCACAGAAGAGCCAAAGGGUUGCUUCCUUUUUGUUGUAUCUGUCUGAUGUUGAAGAGGGUGGAGAAACUAUGUUUCCUUUUGAGAAUGGUGCAAAGUUAGGUAUGGGAUUUGAUUACAGAAAGUGCACUGGUUUAAAAGUGAAGCCUCGCCAAGGGGAUGGACUAUUAUUUUAUUCAGUGUUUCCAAAUGGCACAAUUGAUCAGGUAUAUCAUCUGAUUGAAGGUGUUAUUUGCCAAGUUUGUAAAAACAUAUUAUCAAAAGCGAACAACCUAUUUCAGUGCUAAAAUGUCUCCAAUGUAACUGUUGUUUUUAGAAGCCUUGGACUUCCUAUUAUAUUUCUUCUUCAGAACAUAAUAUCUCCAUGUUGUACCCACGGAUCCUGUUCAAAUAUAUCUAUCUGCUAGAUGUCAAACUCUAGAAAACAACUCAAGUGGAAUCUUGAUAAAUUCUUCAAUGCUAGUUAAUCAGUCUUUAUCAGCGUUUGCAAAAUUGGUAAGUCCUAGAACAGUUUUUAUGCAUCCCCAAGCAGUCUUCUGUUGACUCAAUUAUUUUCUAUUCGUAUUCAAAAACUCCUUUUCUUCCUCAUCUUGUAGUAAUUGUCUGCUUUGUGUUGUGAAGCUUUCUUUGAGAAACCCUUACCACUCUCUCAGCAUCCUGUACUUCCAGCACCAAAUAGAGCUUUGCAAAUAGAGCCCCUACCCUUAACUCUGCAAAUAGAGCCUUGCUUAUGCAAUUGAAGCGGCAAAAAGAUGCUUUAUAUUACUUGCUAUUUGGAUUUCCUUCCCCAUUCAUCGAAUCGAAACUCAUUUCUCAUCUUAAAAUACUUGAAAAUU